AACUAUCUUUGAUAAUAUUAGUUUAAGAAUUUAGCUGUGAAAAUUAUAAAAUACAAUUGGGAUUUUUAAAAAGUUGGAGCUUUCUAAUAAUUAUAUUAUCCUAAAAGAAAUAGGUCUUUCUAGUUUUACGAGCCUAAAUGCCUAAAAUUAUUACAACGACUUUUUGUGUCAUUUUAUCAUUUUGAUUGUUUUAUGCCUGGUGUAGUGGCGUGUCUAAAAGGAUAGCCACUUGUCUAACGGUUGGAAAAGAAAAGAAAAGAAAAAAGGAAAAAUAGCUUACUCGCUAUGACACAACUCCUAACAAUGGUCAAGUGUAAUCAAUGAAAAGGACUGCAGUGUAGUGGAUUAAGUAAUAAAUAUCGAAUCCACGGGUCUCUAGAGUUACUAUUACUCAGCUUCAGUUUAUUAUCUAGCAAACCAGAUUAAGAUGAAAGAACUAAAACUACUCUAACAAACUACUGUUAAAGUUAAUCUAAUUACAGGUUGGGAAUUCACAUAGGUAUGAUUCCCCCUAGCCACUAGCCAGAUUAAUGAUUGAUGAUUUCUAACUUGUUUGACUUUCAUUCACAAUGCGGAGAAUCCUUGACUAGACCUUGAAUAUCGACUAAAGGAUCAAGGCCCUCUUGAGUCGAUUGCCUAGAGGGACGUAUCCUACUCUAGAACAACCGAUCAAGGCUUUCUGAACUAGAUUCCCUCUAGUGAAUCGACCCUCGACUAAAGCAAUCGAUCCAAUACUAUCAAUCUAUGGUGCUCUAUUGACCUAAUCAGGUAUUCGCUCUCAUAGGAUCAAAGCAGAAUCAAUAAUCUCGACUAAAGCAGAAUUGAAUCAUGAAAACAUGCAUAGAUUGAAUAUGAACUCAAGAUUAUCAAGUAGGAGUACUCAUACAAUCAUCCAAUCAAACAAACAUAGCUAGGGUUCCUCAAAACCUAAGUGAAGGGAAUUUACUCCUUAGAGAAGAGAGAGACUGCAGUAAGAAUAUUCAGAUGAUCAGUCUUCAAGUCCGGGCUUGUUCCUCGAACUUCCAAGGCGAAGAAAUCCUCCAAUUCCACUCCAAGAAUGCCCUCAAAUCGCCCUCUCUCUCUUUGGUUCGGCCCUUGGGUGUUUGGGAUCCAAAACCCAGCUCUCCCUUGCAAAAACGCACAAAACAGGCUUUUAACAGCCUGCGUUCGCGAUCCCCGGUCAUAAUCCCCGGUCGGGUAUUUUAGGUGGCGACCGGAGGUUGUUGAAAUGCACCAUCGAGGACAAGGGGAUUAAUCCCCGAUCGUGGUCAAGAAUACCCGAUCGGUGAUUUAUGCUCAAUGCCCGGGCCCCCUUCUGCUUCUCAAACGUCCAAAAGAGAUUUUUCCCGGUCUGCUCAAAUUAAUACCCGACCGGGUAUUUUUGCUCAUGGCUGGGUAUUUUGCUCCUCCAGCACACUUCAACUCAAAUGUGCUCCUUUCGACCCGAAACUCGUUUCUUCACCUCAAUGUCAAUGCCAAGCCCUGAAAUAUGGAAUAAACACACAACCUAGCGUGAAAUCGGCUUAAAACACGAGAAUCAAUAUCUCAAACGGCUCAAGAAUAGGGGUAAAAACAUGUGCAAUCAAUGGUUUAUCACUAGCGAGGAAAAUGAGAGACGAAAACUCAAGGCAGGGUGGGACGGGUCCAUAUCAUGUCAGUAACCAUCAGGUGAGUAACCCCUUGCAUAACUUAAUAAGAAUCCGCCACAUCAGCGCCUCCUUCUCUCUCAUUGAAAACCUUUAAUUUUCCUUCCCUUAAUCUUUAAAGGACAAUUUCUCACUCAUUUUAACGAGAGGUAUGAAAAUUUUUUUCUCAAAAAAUAUUGAAAAUGGAUAUAAUUUUGUAGAGCACAACGAACUCGUUCCAUCCGUGCAAAAAAAUUGAAAUCCGAGUUAGAAUGAAGAAGAUAUGAUCCAAUCAAAAAAACUAGGGAAAAUAAAUUCUUUUAAUUCUCCACCCUUAGAUCUGCAGCCACUUAAAAGAAGGGUCCAGAUUUGGUUACUCAUAGUUACUCACCCUAUCUUGAGCCGGGUCGGACGACUUAGGAUAGGGUCAGUAACCAUUGGCUACUGACCUAUGAGUAACUAAAUCUGAACCUUUAGAUCUAAGUGGGCCCAGAAAAUAUAGAUCUAAGGGUUGUCGAUUAAAGGCAUUUUAUUUUCCCUAGUUUUCAUAAUCGGCUCUUACCUUCUUCGUUCUAACUUGGAUUUCAAAUUUUUUUGCACACAUGGAACGAGUUCGUUGUGCUCUACAAAAUGAGAUCAAUUUUCAAUAUAUUUCGAGAUUUUUUUUACCAACUACAUACCAUAUGAUAACUUCUUCGUUUUUAAGUCGUUUUUUUAAAACGUUUGCUCAGAAGGAACGAGUCCAUCAUGAUCUAUUGGAUGUACAAAUUUCUGGGUGAAACAAUACUGGACCAAAAGUUACCAUACUUUACCACUAUGGUAUGUGGGUGGUAACUUGUGGUAAACAAUUCUGAAAGUCGUAAAUGACAGUUAGUAUACUCCUACUAUCAUGUAUUCAACCUUCUUACCAUAAUGGUAUGUUCAUACCAUCAUGGUACGCUUUGUUACCAUAUGGUAUUAAAUAUCAGCAUACCAUAUGGUAAUGACUGGUAAAAAAUUAUUUAAUUUUUUUGUACUAAAAAUAUAUCAAAGUAGAUAUAAUUUUAAAGAGCACAUUUAAUCUGAUUUAUCUGUGCAAAAAUAUUUAAAUUUUGACUUAAAACGAGAGAGAAAUCGUCCGUUAAAGAUUAAAGUGGAAAAGAUAAAAGACUUUCCAGGAGAGAGAUGUUGAUGUCAUGCUAAUGUGGACGACCUACUCAUGAUUACUGACCAUAAGGUUACUAACCUAAUCCGUUCUCGGGUGGGACUACACUCACUAGUCACUACACACUCUAGUGGUGUACAUUGGUCCGGUGAUAGUCAUUUUAACCAUCCGAUCCAUACAGUACAAUUUUGAAAAUGUUAAAUUCAACCCAAUCCAAAAAAUUAAAAUCUUAUGGUUUGUUUAUAAUUGGGCUGGACCAGGUUGGAGAUACUUUUAAUUAAAUAUCGAACCGAACACAAAAAGGCAACUAUUAUACAUUACGAAAAUAUUAUAUAGCUAAUUAAGAUUUUAAACAAAUAAAUGGAGCCAAAAAGUUUCAAUAUGCAUAAAUAUUGUUUGGAUUUUAAUGAAAUGCAAUUUACUUCAACAUAUGUCUAGUUUUUUUCAUAAUAUUUAUCGAAGUAAACUAAAGUAGUUAUAAGCUAACAUAUUCAUAAUAUAUUCUUCUUCUAAAAUUGCAUACACAAGAAAAUAGAUUACGUGAAUCAUAGCUUAUAUUAAAUAUACGUCUCAAUAUUAAGUUGAAGAAUGUAUUAGACUAGAGAAACCACAAGAGAAAAAUAUGAAAAUACAAUAGUUCAACACAGGUUUGGUCGGGUUCAAUGGGUUGCGUUACCCAAAAUCCUGACCCACCCCAAUAGAGGCGGAUUGUACAAAAGAAAACCCUCACACAACCUUAACUUGAAUUUUGACAAUAAAUACGGAUGGGUUAGAUCGGGUUGGACGGGUGGGUCGGUUUGCGGUUUGUUUUGUUCACCCCUAACACACUUUAGUAUACACCCUCUUAUAUUCGCCCGGAGAAAUUAUUCUCUCCCUUCACCGUUCGAUCGUUGCGGAAUAGGUUAGCUUGCCUUCCCACUUUACGUUCUUCCUUCUGUGCUUCUUUCCAUCUAUGAUUUUCGUACGUCCGUCCUCCAAUUCGUCCAUGUUUCGAUUUUUUCUUUGAUUUUGCUUGGCCAUGGGCAUUGUGAAGCAUGCUUUCAGACUGAGGCGUGUGCAAUACACCCACUACCGUGCGAUGAGCGUUGUUGCCCUCGUUUUUGUUGGUUUUAUUGCCGAAGAAAUCAUUAGGCUCUCUCAUAGACGCUUUGACAGCAAGAAGCUAGUAACCUGGAUACCAUUUGCAUUCGUUGUUUUGGUGGUUGUCUCAUGUCGAGUUCUGGGUUUCAUUGGCUGCAAGUGGAAGCGGCGGCUCAAGUUUGCUCGGGAGUGUUUGUAGACUUUCAUCCUAGUUUGUGACAUGAUUUUCUCGGUGUUUCUCAAAGAUAUUGCACGAAGUAGGGUUUGGUGCUCUAGUUAUGGUCCUGUUCUACGGGUUUGCCUUCUACUAUUCACAAUUCCUCCGAUUGGGGGUGAGAUUGGAGUUCACCUCCAUCUUGCUGGGCUAUACUCCUCCUCUUUCUCUCUCUUUUAUUUGUUAAUUAGUUUAAUUUGUAUGAUUGUGUUGGUUUGAAUGAUUGUUUUGUAAUCCGGGUUCUCAUUUUGGGUUCAACACCACCUUGAUUGUGGUGUCAAGCAAGAAACCAAUUGAAGGUCUUCACUCAUAUUUGCAACAUUCAUGUCUUGUCUUUAAACUUUUUUCAUAUAUGUCUUCAUGGCUCCUUUCUAAUCGGUUGGUAAAUAUAAUUUUUUAAUAUUUGUUGUUUUUUUUGCUCAUGAGGUCAACUAUCUCAUUAUUACUUUUAUAUAUUAUACCAAACUUUUUUACAUAUUUCUUAAACAAAAACUUAAUUUUUUCAUCAUACUUCCAAUCAUCAAUAACUCAUUUUAAACAAAAACUUACUUUUUUAAAUCAUAUUUCCAACUAUCGAUAACUCAUCCAGAGAUGGGGGAAAUACAGAGUGAGAGAAGGGCAUCUUGUAAUCCUGUUGAAGUUAGGUCUAUGAAUUCAUAUCAUAUUAGAUUGAAGAACCUAAGAAUUUAGUGUUCACAUCUUUCAUCAUCAUCCAACAUAGACAAAAAUUCUUAAGAUCAUGUCUAAGGUCGUAACCAUUUUGAAAAACAUAUUGUCUUUCAAUAGAAAAUAUUAAAAACAUAUAAGAUUAAGUAGAUAAACGCUCUUAUAUGUUUUUAGGAAAAAUAUGUUGUGCCUUUCAACUAAAAUAUUUCAAUAAUAUGAUCAGUAAAUAUCAAUUAAUCAUUCAAUACAUGUUCAUAAUUUUUAACACAAUAUUGAAUUACUUUUGUUAUGAUAAUUAUUUUAAUAAAACACAUGAAAUACAUACAAUAAGUGCAUCUAGCCUAAGAUAUUGGUGAGACUAUAAAGAAUAACCAAGUAAAAUUAGACAAUAAUAAUGACCAUGCUUAUCUUAAAUGGUAAUCCUUGUUUUAUGGAUUUUUGCUAUAAAAAAACACGACAAAGUUGUGUCUUGAAAAUUGCUUAUAUUAGGAUCAUUUUCUACUUUUCAUUUUGUGCAUGUAAGUUAAAUUAAUUCUUUUCUUAAAGGUACGGUAGUUGUUACAGAUAUUUGUCCCGGUACUGGGUUUGAUUUUUAUCUCAACAGCCAUGCUGCUGAUAAGGUGUAUAUAUAUAAACUUGAACUCCAUUUCCUUUCUUUGAUAACUUUCAGAUUUGAAAUUCUGGUUUAUUUGCUCCUGUAGGGUACUUGUAGGCCUGCUCAUUACCACGUUCUUGUUGAUAUGAAUAACUUCACGCCUAAUGGUAUCCAAUAUCAGACAAACGCUUUAUGUUACACGUAAGCAUACUUUGUUUGCCUUAUCACCUUGUUGUGCUUGUAAUUGCCUAUCUGUUGAUUGUAUAUAACUAAACACUAUCCAUUUUGUUUCAUAUUUUCUAAAUUCGAAAGUGCUUUAUCUAUUGAUAAGUGUGUAUUAAAACUGCUUGGUGGAUUUUUGCCAUAAAAAACACGACAAAGUUGUGUCCUGAAAAUUUAUUAGAGUCGAGAUAGACCAAACAACAACAGAGACAACUAUGGCUGAUUGAGUUUUGUGUUAUUAAGGAACGACUUCUUGCUCCAUACAAUAACAUAGAGGUCGUUUGUUUGUAAGAUUUAAAAAAUGAAGGAUUUAGGUAAAA